GUUUUUGAACUUUCGAGUAUCCUCCUCCUCCUCUCCGUUUUACAGUCACAGUUCACAAUGUCUAGGUUACUUCUACACUUCUCUUCCUCUCCCAUGGCGAACGAAGACGACUCCCCCUCCUCCGCGCAGCAAUCUCAGGACGAAAUCUCAGAGCGAUACAUGGUUGGAUUCAUCAUCGCGAACAUCGUAGGGCUAAAGUACUACUCGGGACGAAUCAACGGCCGAGAAUUAGUCGGCCUCGUCCGAGAGCCUUCGAAUCUCUACGACGAGAACGCAAUCAGAGUCCUCAACACGCGAUCCCUCCAAGUGGGCCACAUCGAGCGCGCCGUCGCCGCCGUCCUCUCGCCUCUGAUCGACUCUCGCAAGAUCCUCGUCGAAGGCAUCGUGCCCAACACUCGCUCCAGCUCCAACAGGUUCAAGAUCCCCUGCCAAGUUCACGUCUUUGCGAAGCUGGAGGAGACGGCGGAUGUUAAAUCGGCGAUUUCGCGAGCUGGGUUGGUUUUAAUUUCGGAUUCGGACACUUCCUUUGGGCUGUCUGAGGCUGUGGUGGUUAAGGAGCGGAUGGGUGGUGGUGGGGAGAAGAAGAGUGUGGAUAAGAUUUUUAAGCUUGUUGAUGAGAAUGUGAAGCAAAAGGAGAAGAUGGUUGAGGUUGAGCCGCCUAGGGAGGUGAUAAAGUCUGAGCUUUUCGCUCAUCAGAAGGAAGGUUUGGGUUGGUUGUUGAAUAGGGAGAAGGAUGGUGAGCUUCCUCCGUUUUGGGAGGAGAAAGGUGGAGACUUUGUUAACGUUUUGACGAAUUACCGUACUGAUAAAAGGCCUGAGGCUUUGCGUGGAGGUGUGUUUGCUGAUGAUAUGGGGUUGGGGAAGACUCUUACUUUACUUUCGUUGAUAGCUUUCGAUAGAUACGGGGAUGCAUCCACCAGUACAGAGGAGACUUUUGAUGUUGGAGAAAAGAAGGGUAGAAAGAGAGGGAGAGGGAAGAGCAGUGAGAGUGUAGCUAGGAAGAAGGUUAAGUCUGAUGAGGUUGUGUCUCAGAAGACGACGUUGAUUGUUUGUCCGCCUUCUGUGUUCUCAGCGUGGGUUACUCAGCUGGAAGAGCACACUGUACCGGGGAGCUUGAAGGUGUAUAUGUACCAUGGCGGCGAGAGGACAGACGAUGUUAAUGAGCUUAUGAAGUAUGAUAUAGUGCUGACUACUUACAGCACUUUGGCGGUUGAGGAAGCCUGGGAAGAUUCUCCUGUCAAGAAGAUGGAAUGGCUGAGAAUAGUUUUGGAUGAGGCGCACACCAUUAAGAACGCAAAUGCUCAGCAGAGCAAGGCGGUUUGUAAUCUGAAGGCUUCUAGGAGAUGGGCUGUCACAGGAACUCCUAUCCAGAAUGGUUCGUUUGAUUUGUACUCUCUGAUGGCGUUUCUCAGGUUUGAGCCGUUUUCGAUAAAGAGUUACUGGCAGAGCUUGAUUCAACGCCCGCUUGGUCAAGGGAAUAAGAACGGGCUCUCACGUUUACAGGUUUUGAUGGCGACAAUCUCGUUGAGGAGAACAAAGGAGAAGAGUUCGAUUGGUUUACCACCUAAGACUGUUGGGACUUGUUAUGUUGAACUAUCUGCAGAAGAGCGUCAGUUAUAUGAUCACAUGGAAGGAGAAGCCAAAGGUGUUGUGCAGAAUCUCAUAAACAGUGGAAGCUUGAUGAGAAACUACUCAACGGUUUUGAGUAUAAUCUUACGGCUUAGACAGCUCUGUGAUGAUAUUUCUCUAUGCCCUCCUGAACUAAGAUCUUUGACCAGUUUAACAUCUAUAGAAGAUGUGACUGAUAGGCCAGAGCUGCUGCAAAAGCUGGUUGCUAUAUUGCAAGACGGCGAGGAUUUUGACUGUCCCAUUUGCAUUUCUCCACCGAGAGACAUCAUCAUCACUCGAUGUGCUCAUAUCUUUUGCAGGUCCUGCAUUCUCCAAACCCUUCAAAGAACUAAACCUUCUUGCCCUCUUUGCCGUGGCUCUCUAACCCAAUCCGAUCUCUUCAACGCUCCUCCUCCUCCUGAAGCUCCAGAUAACGACGGAGGAGAGACCAAACCUUCAACCAAAUCCUCAAAGGUCACGGCUCUACUAUCACUUCUCAUGGCGUCAAGACAAGAGAACCCCAACACGAAGUCUGUUGUGUUCUCCCAGUUCAGGAAGAUGCUGCUUCUACUAGAAACCCCGCUGAAAGCCGCGGGUUUCACCGUCUUACGCUUGGAUGGGGCAAUGACUGUGAAGAAACGGACUCAAGUCAUUUCAGACUUUGGGAAACCGGAGUUAACCGGACCUGUGGUGUUGCUUGCGAGCCUCAAGGCUUCUGGCGCUGGUAUAAACUUAACUGCAGCUUCGAGAGUUUACCUGUUCGAGCCGUGGUGGAACCCUGCAGUUGAAGAACAGGCCAUGGACAGGAUUCAUAGGAUUGGGCAGAAACAGGAGGUUAAAAUGAUUAGGAUGAUUGUGAGGAACAGUAUCGAAGAGAGUGUCCUUGAGCUUCAGCAGAAGAAGAAGAAUCUUGCUAAUGAAGCUUUUAAAAGAAGGCGUGGGAAGGAUCAAAGAGAGUUUAACGUUGAAGACGUGAUCGCUCUCGUGUCACUCUGAACUCUUAAAAUAAUGCCUUAGUUUUUUUACCGUUUCACCUAGAGUUUUACUUUUACCGUUUCUUUUCAUAUUCUCUCUUAAGAUAUAUUAGCCGCAGGAUAUGGCUAACGGAUGCUUCAGUCUCAGUUAGUUUAAUUAAGGGUUCGCUUGUACAUAACGUUUAAUGGCCUAAUCUUUGUACUGCUCCUGGCUCAGGGGAUUGCAAAA